UGGUGCUGCAUUUGGCUACAGACAUCAGUUCAGAUGUCUUGUAUGACAACAACAUAAUGAGUUAUAUGUUGAAGAUAAAUUGCUUACAUUUUAAAAUUUAACCUGAUCUUCAAUGAAUUCAUGCUGAUUCAAAGGCAUCAUGAAGAUAUGUAAUGGCACCAUAGUGGUGUCCAUGGACCCCCACCUAUAUAACAUUGUCAGCCUAACCAUUGCGUGCUUGAUCUGCGUGGGCAACAUGCUCCUGAGCAUUCCCCUGCUGGUGGCCAUCUGCAGGUCUCCCUCCCUCCUCGGUAAGCCCCGCUUCCUCUUCCUCUUCCACCUGCUCGUCUGCGACGCCCUGCAGCUGGUCAUCCCGCUGGCCAGGGCCGCCCUUCUCACCUCACGCCUCACCAUGCCAGUGACCCAGUGCGUGGUCUUAAUGUCCGCCGACCAGUUCUUGGUCAUGGUGGCCCUCCUCCUGCGCGCCGCCCUGUCGCUGGAUCGCUGCGUGGCCAUCCGGCUGCCCCUGCACUACGAGGCGCUGCUGAGCCCCGUACGGCUGCGGGUGGUCGUGGUGCUCGUCUGGACAUUGCCUCUGCUGAUGAGCGUAGUGACCAUGUGGGUGAUGCUGGACCGCGUGCACAUGGACGCGGCCAUCCCACUCUGCCUCCUUUACGUGGUGGUCUGCGGGACCCUGUGGGACCUGGGGCCUGUGAUUAUUUUCUACAUGGCGGUCAGCGUCUUGCUGCUGCCCGUCUCCUUUCUCACCAUCCUCGGCUGCUUCGUGCUGCUCUGCUACCAAACGCGGGGGCAGCUCUGCUCACAGCGCACGGCCGGGGUCACGCUGGCCAUGCAGGCCGUGCAGAUGGUCAUCCACGCCAUGUCGAUGGUGCUAUCUACAACCAAUCUCCUCAGCAGCGAGAAGAACGAACAGUGGUCCCUGGCCACCAGCAUUACUUAUACCCUGGGCAUCUCGCUCAUCUCGCUGGUCUAUGGGUACCGCUCUCAAGAGCUGCGGUGCAGAUUGCUGAAACCCCUUGUGUGCAGUCAAGUCAACACAAGUCAGUGAACUUUUCACACCUAUUAUAUUGUAUUCAACUUCAGGGUCCUCAGGGUUUCAGAGGAUGCAUCAUACAAAUUAGUUCAAAUAGGAUGAGAUCUACAUUUUUAUUUGAAAAUGUAAAAUUGCCUA